AUGCACCCUGAUCUAAAGAGUCUACUUGGCCGGCAUCCGUUGUCGCCCGGCAUCACAGCCUACAUCUCGUUUCUUGCCUCGCGCCUCCUCUUCAAACCCGUGGGGGGCUGGGUGCCCAAAACAGGACUCAAUGUGGAGGAUAUUCAAAGUGGAAAUCUUGUCCUUGACGGCAUCGACAUCUACAACGUCCCCCCACCGAAGGCUGGUGCGAAUGCGUCCCGGGCGACAAAAUCACAGUACACAACCUACCCACAUUUCCCAUCACGAUCUCCCUCGUUCCAAUCGUUUCAAAUCACCGGAGAGACAACAGGCAAGAAUUUUGUCUCUACUAUGGGAGAACCGGAUCGUAAAGGAGGAGGAGCGGGACCGUCGUCUGGAUCAAUCGACAUAUGGUUUGGCGGCGAAGAGAGCAGGGGUCCGCAAGCAUGGGAACGCGGGAAGGAUGCUGUCUGGAAAGUGCUCAGUGUUUUCCCUCCAAAGGAAGCCUGA